GAGGCCAUGACCGGUGCGUACCGAUCCGCCUCUCGACCCGCGGCCACGGCCGGCCCGUCACGUGCCCGCGUGCAGCCGAUGUCCGUGUUUUAUCCUCCCGCGCCGCUGGGCGGUCGGCGGACGUUGUCACCCGUGCACUACGCCCAUGCCGCCUCGGACGAGUGUCCCAUGCUGUCCACUAGCGGUCCCGUGGCCACAUGGUGCCAGCACCACAUCCAGGAGCACACUACCACGACCGGCAACACGUGUGGCAGCGCAGGGGCUGCAGUUCCCUUGGGCGUGGUCAAUGUUCGGCACCUGUGGCUGUUCGCGUGCAGCCUGCUGUUCGCCGGCGCCACCGUGUCGCUGGUGUCCGCCGCCCUGGCCGUGGUCGCCUGGCGGCUUCUGCACGAGCCGACAGGAUCCGAUCUGGCGCGAAACGCGUCCUCCGCCAUGAUGCGCGCUGCCGCGGCUUCCGUCGCUGCUGGCGGAGACACGAGGCUCUCGAAUUUCACACCUUUCGCCGACCACCCGUCACCCGCGGCCGGAGAAGCUCGAGGAAACGCGAGCGCCUCCUCCCAGCCCUUCGGAUGCGCCACACCACCUCCGGUCGCCCAAGAUGACGUGCCGCUGCCCGUAGAGUAA